UUUUCCCGGGCGGGGUUUUUUCUUUUACCUCUUUGCCCUUCUCUCUGGCUCACUUCUUUUUAUCAGGUUGAAGAUGACGGACCUCGUGUUGCUGAAACACAUGAUGGGUGGUGGAUAGAAUGAGUCUACUGCGACAAAUCUUCAACCAAUUUGAAAAUUUUUGGUGACCCAAAUGAUUGAACUCAGUUGGGGUUGACUAAUUUUGACUGCUUGAUGGAUCAAACGGCUCCUAAGGUUGCAAGAAAUCUGGGAAGUUCGGAAUCGUGGUAACUGAAACGAACUUGAUUGACUGCGUUGAAGUGUGGUGAUCCAAAAUUUUUGAGUUUCUAGCUGUUGGUCUGUUCUUAGCCAACACUAUUGAAUGCACCAUGGGUGUUUCAGGAAAAUGGUUCAAAGCAUUAGUCGGUUCGAAGAAAUCGGAAAAAUCUCAGUCAUCAGAACAUGACGAAAAUGCGAGGACAAUUACGAACAAGUUUUGGCAUCGGAGAAAGCAUUCUGUUGAUAUCGAUGCUGAUAAACUUCAGCAGGAGUUCAAUUCAAACUUUACCUCAUUUGUUGAAGAGUCCAAUGCCCUUUCGGAUCCAGAAGCCGCUUCUAUUCCUUCUGGUUCACUUCAAACAUGUGAUGCAUUGCGUAGUCGACAGAAUGAUAUAGAAGAACAGGCGGCUAUACGUAUCCAAACAAUGUUUCGAUCGUUUCUGGCUAGAAGAGCUCUCCGAGCUCUGAAGGGAUUGGUUAGACUUCAAGCUCUUGUUAGGGGUCAUGCUGUCAGAAAACAAGCUGCAAUAACUCUUCGCUGUAUGCAAGCUUUAGUGAGAGUCCAGGCUCGUGUUCGAGCAAGGCGUGUACGUAUUGCAUUGGAAAGUGAAACUGCACAGCAGAAAAUUCAACAACAACUUGAAAACCAAGCCCGUGUUCGUGAAAUUGAAGAAGGUUGGUGCGACAGUGUUGGAUCGGUUGAAGAGAUUCAAGUAAAAUUAUUAAAAAGGCAGGAGGCUGCAGCUAAGCGUGAGAGAGCUAUGGCAUAUGCUCUGGCUCAUCAGUGGCAAGCAGGAUCGAGACAGCGGGCUGCCCUCUCCGAGUUCGAACCUGAUAAAAGCAGCUGGGGUUGGAACUGGUUGGAAAGAUGGAUGGCUGUUCGUCCAUGGGAAAACCGCUUUCUCGAUAUUAAUCUCAGAGACGGAGUGAUGAUUCGCGAGAACGGAUCAGCUGAGGGAAAAAGUAACACGAAAUCCUAUUCAAAAACGACCAGCAAGAAACCAAACUUAGUGACUGAUCAAUCAAACCUCUCAAGCCAAAAAACCGCUGCCUCACACUCUGAUGGAUAUGGUUCAUCAUCUCCCACUCAAUCACCUGGCAUUGUAGAGGUAUCCAGUGCACAGAUUCAAAAGCCCAAGUAUAAAGUUCGACCUGAGAGGCCAUUCGACGAAGUCAAGCCUAAAGUAGAUACCGGUUUGAGAUCCCAUAGCAAUCCGAAAGAGAGAUCCACGCCAUUGGUAAAAAACGCUAAGAAGCGAUUAUCCAUGCCUAACAAUGUUGCAGACCCCGGUAGUCAAAAUCAAGGGGCGAGAAAUUCCAAUAGAACUGCUGCUGGCAAAGUGACCGACAAACCCAAGCCGAUCGCAAGAGGCGACUCGAAAUCUGCAAAUCCCGGAUCACAAAACUGAUAUGUGAACUAAACACAUUCCAAACGGUGAGUAUAGUCUUUGAGGAGGUGCUGCAGGAUCAUGUGUAAAUAGGGCAAUGCCAUGUUGUGGUCGGGUCGGGUCGGUCACGCGCAAACUUGUGUUCCUUUGAAUUUCUGAGUUUAAUUCUUAGUGAGGUCUGUGGGAAUAAGGUUGGUAUGUUUGGAUGAGUCUGUAAUUAUGAUCUCUAUUUAUGGUCUUCAAACCAUGUGGCUCUUUGGCACUUCUUCAUUCCCUUACUCCCUUCUAUUUUUGUUGUGAACUUAUGGCUGAAAGCCACUCUUGAUGUAGAAAACAAAUACUAUAUUGGCUUUUUUUA